GCCCGGCCCGCGGAAGUGAUCGGGGCAGGGGCGAGCCGGGAGGAAGCGGCGGCAGCGGCAGCGGCAGCGAGCGGAGACUGCGGACAGAGCUGAGCCCCGGAGGAAGCGGCGAUCCCAGAAGGAAGCGGCGAUCCCAGAGGGAAGCGGCGAUCCCAGAGGAAGCGGUGAUCCCAGAGGGAAGCGGCGAUCCCAGAGGGAAGCGGCGAUCCCAGAGGGAAGCGGCGAUCCCAAAGGGAAGCGGCGAUCCCAGAGGGAAGCGGCGAUCCCAAAGGAAGCGGCGAUCCCAGAGGGAAGCGGCGAUCCCAGAGGGAAGCGGCGAUCCCGGGCGGCCCCAGCAUGAAGCUCAUCAUCCUGGAGAAUUACUCUCAGGCCAGCGAGUGGGCGGCCAAGUACAUCCGCAACCGCAUCGUGCAGUUCGGGCCCGGGCCCGGGCGGUUCUUCACGCUGGGGCUGCCCACAGGCAGCACUCCCCUGGGAUGCUACAGCAAGCUGGUGGAGUAUUACCGCAACGGAGACCUCUCCUUCAAGUACGUGAAGACCUUCAACAUGGACGAGUACGUGGGUCUCCCGAGGGAUCACCCAGAAAGUUACCAUUCCUUCAUGUGGAAUAACUUCUUCAAGCACAUUGACAUCUCACCAGAAAAYGUCCACAUCUUGGAUGGAAAUGCCCCUGAUCUCCAGGCAGAGUGUGACGCGUUCGAGGAGAAGAUCAAAGCAGCUGGAGGCAUCGAGCUCUUUGUUGGAGGUAUCGGCCCCGAYGGUCACAUCGCCUUCAACGAGCCGGGGUCCAGUUUGGUGUCCAGGACACGUGUGAAGACCUUGGCCAUGGACACCAUACUGGCCAAUGCCAGGUUCUUUGAUGGUGACCUCUCCAAAGUGCCCACCAUGGCUUUGACAGUCGGAGUAGGCACUGUCAUGGAYGCCAGAGAGGUGAUGAUCCUGAUCACAGGAGCCCACAAAGCCUUUGCUCUGUACAAAGCCAUCGAGGAYGGGGUGAACCACAUGUGGACGGUGUCCGCCUUCCAGCAGCACCCCAACACCGUGUUCGUGUGCGACGAGGACGCCACGCUGGAGCUCAAAGUCAAGACAGUGAAAUACUUCAAAGGUUUAAUGCUGGUUCACAACAAGCUCGUGGAGCCCUUGUACAGCAUGAAGGAGAUGGGAGCACAGAGGAGCCAGUCCAAGAAGCCAUACAGUGAUUAAUGUGCUGGGGCAGUGCUGAACCAGCUGCUGAAAACAGCUGGCAGAAAAGGGAACUGCUGCAGAAACUGAGCUCAUAUUAGUUUUUUAAUUAGCAGAAUGAUCAUAUGGUUGCUUCCCUCCAUUGAAGAGAGAGAUGCCAAUCACCUGCCUUAAUUAACCAAAUGAGGAUGGGAUCCAGUGUUCUGUGUUCCACAAACUCCUGCCACCAACUCAUUCUCUGAAGGAAAUGAAGAAUGAGGUUUUUGAUCUGUGAACUGACUGAAAUCAUGGACUGGAGGCUGCAAAACUGCAAUGUGAGGAUAAAUGAAAGGACAAUGCUGCAGAAAUGUGGGUGAUCACUUUGGGGUGUAUUCCUUGCAAUUAGGACAAGUACCUUGUGUUAUUCCUCUGCCAUGGAACACUUUUAUAAAAGAAUCCUGGAAAAUAGGAUUGUCCAGCUGGAAUAGGGAAAACUCAGAGCAGCACCCACAGCCAUGAGGGGUCAGUGUGAAGAUGGACCCAGGGGGAAGAUGGGAAGGGACAGUGGGGCCUGAGUGGAGACACUGGAGAGAUGGGCAAACUCUCCCAUGGGACAGCCAAGCAGUGGGACAGAUCCCCAGGGCUGGGCAAGCUCUGUCUUGAGAAGGUUGCUAAAACCUGACUGGAUAAAGCCCUGGCUAAGCCCUGCUUUGAGCCAGAUGUGGGACUUGAGGCCCCUCAGCUGAAGGGGCUGCAGCAGCUUCCCCCCACACAGGGUCCAAGGUGCAGCUCAGGCACCUGAGGAUGUCACUGCUGUCACACACAAAGCCCUUCCCUUCAUGCUCAGGCCCAGGUAUGAAUUUCUAUGCCUGGUGCUCUCCCCACUCCAGAAUUUUCCAUUUCUCUGAGGAAAUGCCAAACCAAUCCCAAAGGACACACUCUGUUCCUACUGGCUUCAGCCCAUGUUUAAUUACAGACACCCCAUACAGGUGGACAACAGCCAAGACCCCACCAAUUCUGAAAUGUGAUUCCUGGGAUUUCUAYCCAAUGCUGUCACACGAGGGGCGAGAAAACUGGGCAAUGUUUAUUUUCUUUAUACAGCRAUUUUGUACGUUGUUGAUCUGUAAUGUAACUUUCUACAUUAAAUGUCUUUAAUUUUUUAAAUGGUGA